CUGGAUCAUGUAGGUCGGUAGAAUGGCUGAGCACGUCUUCUCUAUCACGAAACGGGCUUAUCUUAUUCAGACCAACGAUGCCCAAUAUAAAGAGCCUGAUACGUUCGCCAUGCCGAAGUAUCAGCAGGUCUCACCCCCGAUUGCAACAUGACUGGCAAAGUCUGGUUCAUUACUGGCGCGUCAAGUGGGUUCGGACGGCUCAUGACCGAGAUCGUCCUCAAGAACGGGGACAGUGCAGUAGCCACGCUGAGGAAGCCUGAAGUUCUGGCCGACCUGGCCUCCCAGCACAGCGCGGAUAAACUCCUCGUGUUGAAACUCGACGUCACACACCCUCAAGAAAUCAAGGAUGCAUUCUCCGAGGCGAUCAAAAAGUUUGGCCGUGUCGACACCGUCUUCAACAAUGCCGGUCGCUCCAUGAUCGGCGAGAUAGAAAGCGCCUCGGAGGAUGCGGCUCGCGCCAUUUUCGACACCAACCUAUGGGGAGCAGUGAAUGUCAGCAAGGAGGCGGUCCGCAUCUUCCGAGACGUCAACAAGCCUGCCGGAGGGACUCUCCUACAGAUAUCCUCGCUAGCUGGUAUUCAGGCGUACCCGGCCAUCGGUUACUACAGUGCCAGUAAAUACGCGCUGGAAGGCAUAAGCACGGCUCUGGCAGCGGAGGUUGAUCCAGAGUGGAACAUCAAGGUAGUUUUGGUUGAGCCCGGCAACUUCGCGACGGUGGUGCUCGACAGCAGCGUACGCACACCGCCACACCCUGCGUAUACGAAACCCACCAUGGCCCCCGCCAUGGUACGCGAAUUCAUCAAGGGAGGCUCCCUUGCCACGGAGACGGACACGGCCAAGGCUGUGGCAGCCAUGUACCAGAUCGCGCAGAUCCCCGAUCCGCCACUUCACUUCGUGGUGGGCAAAGACGCCAUCCCAGUGGCCAGGGUGAAGGCUGCGAAGCUGCUCGCCGAUACUGAUCGGUUUGCUUCCUGGUCGGAUGUGCUGUCAGAGGUCGAGUCAGCAGUUUGA